AUGGCGUCUCGUCGCCUACUCUUCACCAGAACGUCCACCGCGUACCGAGACGAAGAUCACGAACUGGACAACUACCAGGACCUGGCAUCCUCUCAGCCAAUACCUUUGUUCCAGCUUUGCACCAAGACAGGCUCUAAAAGAGGCGCCAGAACCCGAAAGCAUCUGUCAGAUCUGUCGUCAAGCAGCGACCCGAAAGAACCACAACCCAUGAGCCAGCAAAAGGCCUUAUCUCAUCUCUCAGCCAUGCACCGUACAAACCAAGCAGACCAUCAUUUGAGCAUACCUGCGGAAUCCUUCACACCUUCUCGUCUUGAAUCGCACGGAUGGGAGAGCAGCGACGAUGGUCACUUUCAACGAAAUCCUUUGAGUUAUACCAGAUCCUAUGAGUCCUCCUAUUCGUUGGGCACCCCUUUCCAUGAAUCGGUCUCCGAGCAUACCUCCUUGGACCUCUACGGAGCCAACUUUGAUCGAACCUAUAGCCAGACCCCAUACGAGUCCUUGCGAGUCCAUACCCGUCUCAAGCGUCCUGAAACCCGGAUUACAUCCGGUCUGGAGAUCUCGGGUCCUGGGGCCCAGUACCCGACCUAUUUGGAGCGCUCGCGUACUCUGGAUCUGGAACGGGAGGAGAAACAACGCAGGUUCAAGGAAGAGGUCACCGCACUGCUCAAGAACGUUUCACAGAAGCCUGAAAGCCCCAAGUUGGACAAGGAACAGGCGCCGCUCCGGGAAUAUGCUGUGGAGACCGAACCUGUUAAGACUCAUACGCCACAGGACAGUCAGGCAUCCGAGACCAAGUCUACCAGUACAGCCAAUGUGUCUAGCAUCGACAAUGACUCCGCAGCUCAGGACAGCAUGUUGAGAACUCCUCCUGGACUCACCAGACCCGUCAAAGAAGCAGAAGUGUGGUUCCACAAGGAUGGAAGAGGCCAUAACAAACUCCGUCAGCAAGUCAAGGGAAUUGCAGAGAACUGCGCUAGUGAAAAGGAGAAGCAGACGACAUUGCUACUGGGUGAUGUGAUAAUCAACCUCUAUUCCUACGUCUCCAAGAAUCGCAAAAAGCAAGCAGCAAACUUUGCCGACUUCGGGGGCAUAGAUCCUUAUUAUUGCUCGCCCAGCCAGGAUGGUAAACAUAGCUACUUUGACUGA